AUGUCGAAGCUAUUCACACCGUUGGCCAUUGGGCCUCUCCAGCUCUCUAAUCGCCUGGCCUUGGCGCCAUUAACACGAUAUCGCGCAGACGAUGAAUGGACACCGACUCCAAUGAUGGAGGAGUAUUACGCCCAGAGAGGCUGUGUACCGGGAACUUUGCUCAUCUCUGAAGGAACUCUCAUCUCGUACCGCACCGCCGGGCGUCGAAACGUCCCCGGCAUCUGGAACGACGCGCACAUUGCCGGCUGGAAAAGGGUUACAGAUGCCGUGCACAGAAAGGGGUCAUUCAUCUACUGCCAACUCUGGCAUCUCGGUCGCGGCGGCAGAGCCGACGUCCUGGAAUCCCUUGGGUUGAAUCUCGAGUCUUCGAGUGCGGUGCCCGUUGCCGAGGGCUCUCCGAUACCUGUAGAAAUGAGCGAGGGCGACAUACUGCAGGUCAUCGAGGACUACGCGACAGCCGCGCGCAACGCCAUCAAGGCUGGUUUCGAUGGCGUGGAGAUCCACGGCGCAAACGGCUAUCUUCCAGACCAGUUCCUCCAGGACACGUGCAACAAGCGAACCGAUGGUUGGGGCGGCAGUAUCGAGAAGCGCGCCCGGUUCCAUCUCGAGGUGACGAAAGCUGUCAUCGAUGCCGUCGGCGCCGACAGGACGGCCGUCCGUCUCAGCCCGUACAGUGACUUCCAGGGCAUGCUCAUGGACGAUCCGGACCCAACGUUUGAAUUUGUGGUCCAGCGACUAAAGCCUCUGGGGCUCGCGUAUCUCCACCUGAUCGAAGCUCGAAUAAGCGGCAAUGAUGAUACAGAUUGCGGCGGACAGCGGACGGUGCGUUGGUUGAUCGAGCUCUGGGACAACGUGAGCCCGGUCUUGCUUGCUGGUGGGUUGAACGCCAAUUCAGCCAAAAUAGCCGUGGACGAAACGUAUAAGAAGUACGAUGUUGCUGUUGUGUUCGGGCGGUACUUCAUCUCCAAUCCGGAUCUCAUCUUCCGCAUCAAGGAGGGUGUUGAGCUGGAAAAGUACGAACGGACGUAUUUUUACACCCCAAAGUUGCCGACAGGAUACAUCGACUAUCCUUUCUGUCCUCAGUUCCAGUCAACUGCAAGGAGUUAA